CGCUUCACGUCAUUAGCUUUAACUACAUCAUAGAAGCUCCGCGUAUGCGUACCUUGUACAGACCUCCGAAGAUCUUCUUCAUGUCGGGGGCCACAAAUUUUCUGAUCUAUGUCACAGUUGGUGCAUGUAUGACCAUCUAUAUUCUGAUAUUCUCUUUCUUCUCAGUUUCCGACGUCGAAGUCAACACCACCACCGACGUCAUCUGUGGUACCAUAUUUGGCCAGAACAGAGUUGCCGACGACCAAUCUAUAUGUGGAUAUCCCAGUUACGUCCUGGACUGCGUGGAAAACAAAACAGUUCUCUCCAUGAACUUUAACAAGUACCAAUAUAUUGACGCCAUGAUCGCCGGCGGCAAUUCCACCUUCGGAUCCCUCACGGCCGGCCGUUUCCGUAAUGAUACCAAUACCAAUUGUCCUUCCCUCACUAUUUCAUCUGUGUCUUACGCAAAUUGGAACCACAGAUUUGAAUCAUCGUUCGUCGAUAGUUAUUCUAGUGGAUUGAUUUUCUUGAGCUGUGAUCGUCCACUUAGUUUUGAUCAAUCUUCUCUCUUGGUGGAGAUAGCAGCAUAUUGUCCAGUGUUGGUGCACACUACUCUUAUGCAUUGCCUUGGAACGCCACAGUCUCUGACUUGCGAGAGUCUUGCAGCGUUGACUUUGUUGUGCAUGCAACUUUCUUGCCCAAGAAGACAAGAAAUUAUAUGACAAACUGUUCCGAUUCUGAGAUUCAGAUUCUGCAGGUGAAGGGGAUUGAGCUUAGAUUGCAAUUGAUGAACGAUGAUCGUGAAUUCUCCAACAACUCUCAGUCCAAUCCUCCUCCCUUUCGGAAGAUCAAAUCAAGACUGUUUUCAGGGGCAAAGUGCGUGGCAAAGUUUUUCCUGAUUCCAUGGUUUGCUGUUAAACUUGCACUUGGAUUCCCCCUUGUGACUAUAAUCUUGAUACAAAAAUGGAGAAAAGGAAAUUCAGCUGAAUACGAUGAGGUUGAAGAAUUUCUUCAAAGUCACAAUUACAUGAUGCCCAUAAGAUACUCCUACUCAGAUGUGAAAAAGAUGACCAAUGGUUUUAAGCACAAGUUAGGUGAAGGUGGUUAUGGUUCAGUCUACAAGGGAAGACUUCGAAGCAGAGAGUAUGUAGCCGUGAAGUUAUUGACAAAGCUCAAAACCAAUGGACAUGAAUUCAUCAGUGAAGUUUCCACCAUUGGAAGUAUUCAUCACGCUAAUGUGGUCCGUCUAAUUGGAUUUUGUGCCGAAAGAACAAAGAAAGCACUUGUCUAUGAGUUCAUGUCCAAUGGCUCUCUUGACAGAUACAUACUUGAAAAACAAGGAGACUUAAUGCUUGAUUAUCAGAAGAUGUAUGAGAUUUCCUUAGGAGCAGCACGUGGAAUUGAAUAUUUGCAUCGAGGUUGCCAUAUGCAAAUUUUACAUUUUGACAUCAAACCUCACAACAUUCUACUUGAUGACAAUUUUGUUCCAAAAAUUUCAGACUUUGGGAUGGCAAGAAUGUGUCCACUAGAUAAAAGUAUUCUAUCACUAUCCACAGUUGGAGGAACACUAGGAUACAUGGCUCCUGAAUUGUUGUACAAAAAUAUUGGAGGUAUCUCACACAAAGCAGAUGUUUACAGUUUCGGGAUGAUGAUGAUGGAAAUGGCAGGAAGAAGAAAGAACCAUAAUGUGGUGGAGAAUUCUUGGCAAACUUAUUUUGCCAAAUGGGUUCAUGACCAGUUUGAGGAAUCAAUACUGAAGAGCAAUGCCUCAAAUGAAGACAAGAAAAUCGCAAUAAAAAUGAUUGCUAUAGCAUUGAAUUGUAUUGAGAUGAGGCCAUGUGAUCGUCCAUCGAUGAGCAAAGUAAUUGACAUGCUUCAAGGACAUGUUGAGCCAGAAAACAUUCUACCAUAUAUAUGAGCCUUUAGGCUUCGCAAGAGCCCAAAAAUACUCGUCAUGGCUAAUGGCUAGGCAACUCAUUGUCAACAGAGGUUAAUCCAUGAUGUGAUUAAUUUAGUUUAUCUUCGUUAGUCUUUAAAUCUGUUGUCUCUAUAUUGAUCAGGCAUCAGCUAACUUUGAUCAUGUAUCUAGAUAAAUAUAUGUAUGUACAGUUAUUCAGGAUGACACUAAUUAAGGUGCAGAUAUAGUCUCUUUUUCUGA